AUGUCUGGAUCAGUGUCUUCAAUAUUAGGAAGCAAGUUCAAAAGGUAAAGCUUUAAAGUAAAUUGCUUAACUAAAUAAUUGAAGAUAAAUUAUGGGAACAUUUUUAAUGUUUCCAGUUGGCAGCUUUGUAGUGAAACUGAAAAUUUUGACUAUCACUAUUGAAUUGGGUCCUUGAAAUUUUCCACACUUAAUGCAAGAUCAAUACGGAAUAAGACUUUGAUUAUCAAAGACUUUGUUGUUGACUAUGAUGUUGAUAUUACGGCUAUAACUGAAACUUGGCUUCGUGACAAUGGUGAUGAUCUAAUUAUCCGUGAAGUAUGUCCUACUGGAUAUAAACUUGUGCAUAAACCGAGAAUCUCAUGCACCGGUGGGGGUGUAGGUUUUCUAUAUAAAGAAAACAUCGGCAUUGAACAUAUUACGUAUCAUAGUGAAUUUAGAUCUUUUGAAUGCCUUGAUGUUACAUUUGCAAGCUCGAAUAAUAUCCGGACUCUUGUUAUUUACCGUCCACCAUGCUCUGCUGUCAAUGGUCUGUCUGUUAACCUGUUCUUGGAUGAAUUCUCAACUCUGCUUGAGGAGGUUGUUAUCUCCACUUCUGAGUUUUUAAUUCUCGGUGAUUUUAACUUCCACAUUGAUGACAAGAACGACAUUCACACGAAACAGUUUAUGGACAUAAUUGAAUCGUUUAACUUUAAACAAUUGGUAACUCAGGCAACGUAUGUAUACGGACAGAUAUUGGAUCUGGUUAUAGUACGUGAUGAUCUUGAAGAUUCAUUUCUUAAUGAUUUGUGUGUUGUUGAUCAUGCAAUAUCUGAUCAUUCGGUGAUCAAUUUUUGUCUGAACUUGACCAAACCACCGCGUCGUAAGGUCAUUGUUUGCCGUAAAAUAAAACGCAUCGAUUUUAAUUUGUUCAAUUCUGACGUUAAUGAAUCAAAUCUUAUGAGUGACACAAGUGAUUUGUCUUCUUUUAGGCUCUCUCUUGGACAAACAUGCACCUAUGAAGUGACGUACAAUUACCAUUCGUCCGAGGGCACCAUGGUAUAAUGCCAAUAUCACAGAAGCAAAAAGGCUUCAUCGCCAACUUGAAAGGAAAUGGCGCUCGUCUAAAUCAUUGAGCGAUAGAGCAGCUUUUGUAAACCAGUGUAAAGUUGUUAAUAACUUGAUCUACGAAUCCAAGCAAUUAUACUACAACAACUUGAUUGAAGAAAAUUCUUCCAACUCUAAAUUACUAUUUAAAAUACUAAAUAAGCUGCUACAGAAGAAUACUGAUCGACAAUAUCCGAAAGAACAUGACGACAAAAGCCUAGCCAAUUCAUUUGCUGAUUACUUCACCACUAAAAUUGAAAAAAUUCAUGAUGAAAUCGUGUUAGCAAAGAAUCUUCUUGUUGCACCCAUUAUUACAGAGAAAAGUCCUAUGUCGGUAUUUGAUACUUUCAGACAAGUGACAGAUAGUGAUGUGCGUAAGCUACUUAGUAAUUCUAAGAUGAAGUCCUGCCUAAUUGACCUGGCUCCUACUUUGGUAUUGAAAGAAUGCAAUGAAUCGUUACUUCCUAUUUACACUAGGAUACUUAACCUCUCUUUGCAAAGUGCAGUAAUGCCAGAACCCUUAAAGAUCGCAAUGUUAGAUCCAUUAUUAAAGAAGGUCAAUGCUGACUCUGACAUGUUUCAAAACUUUAGACCAGUUUCGAAUCUUAAAUUUUUGUCAAAGCUUGUCGAGAGGGCUGUGUUUGUUCAACUCAAUGAAUAUCUUGUCGAAAAUGAAUUACAUGAAGUCUUUCAGUCAGCCUACAAGUCAUUUCAUAGCACUGAGACAUCUCUAUUAAGGGUGCAAAAUGAUAUUUUGCAGUCUUUGGACAAGAAGCAAUCGGUCAUCCUCGUUCUUCUUGAUUUAUCUGCUGCAUUCGACACCAUUGGGCACAAGAUUUUAUUAUCUAGAUUGGCUGAACGAUUCGGAAUCAGUGGAAAUGUUCUUGCUUGGUUUAAAUCGUACUUGUCAUCUCGUAGUCAGUUUGUCAAUGUCAAUGGCACUUAUUCUUCCACCCACAAUCUCAAAUAUGGAGUUCCACAAGGUUCUGUCCUCGGCCCCAUUCUCUAUUUGCUUUAUACUGCCCCUGUGGCUGAUAUCAUUAGGAGGUAUGAUCUUGAUUAUCAUAUAUAUGCUGAUGAUACUCGGCUAUAUGUGUCCUUUGAGGCGGAUAGUGACGUCGACUUGGUGAAGGCUCGUAUCGAAAACUGUAUAGUUGAAAUACGCCGGUGGAUGCUCUUUAAUGGAUUAAAGAUCAAUGAUGAUAAAACAAUAUCAGUUCUUAUGCACUCGAAGUUUCGACCUUGUCCUUCGCUCCGCGAUUCAAUCAAAGUUGGAAAUCACUUGAUUCCUUUUUCGGGUUCGGCUACCAAUCUUGGUGUGAUUAUGGAUGAGACACUCUCCUAUGAUGAUCAUGUUAAGAAAGUUUACAAGUCCUCAUUCUUUCAUUUGAGGAAUAUUUCUAGAAUUCGCAAAUAUUUGACAAAAAAAUCAGUGGAGGUCAUAAUCCAUGCCUUGAUAACAACGAAGUUGGACUACUGUAAUUCACUCAUGUACGGCUUGCCUAAACGUCUUUUUUGAAGCUGCAAUCAGUCCAAAAUUCGGCUGCUCGGAUUGUUACCUUGUCUCGGAAAUAUGAUCAUAUCACACCACUCUUAAUUCAACUACAUUGGCUUCCUGUUCACUACCGAAUCGUUUUUAAAAUUCUUCUAUUGGUUUAUAAGUCAAUGAACAGAGCCUGUCCACUCUAUUUGUCUAGUUGUUUGCAACAUCGAACAUCCACCCGAUCCCUCCGUUCAGUUGCAAAUGAGCUUUUACUGGUGGCUUCUUCCAAAAGUAAAACUUAUGGUGACAGAUCCUUCGCUGUAUGUGCUCCAAAACUAUGGAACAAACUUCCACACAGUUUGCGAAAGGCAUCCUGUAUAUUGACUUUUAAAAAGGAUCUCAAAACUUAUCUUUUUAAACUUUUUAUUAAUAAUAGUUCCCUGUAUCUUUCUUUUGAUUGAUAUAGCUGGGUCUGUAAGUUUAUUUAAGUAUACAGCAUGUACAUAAAUGUAAAUAAUUGUAUCAACUUCUUCUUAUUUGUGAAGCGCCUUGAACUUUUGGAUAUGUGCGCUAAAGAAAUCGAGGAUAUUAUUAUUAUUAUAUUAUGGAUGGUACAAUUUUUAUAUAUUCUGCCUGCCAAGAAAAUCCUUGAAAUAGUGCCAGACAUCGGACAUUUGUCCGGCUAAAAAAGUCAAAAAUAACUUUAGUCUUGCAAAACCACUGAUGUGAAAUGAGAACUGAAUAAAGCAUUAGAAUCCUAUUGAAUUAAUUGACCUGAUUUUGAAGCCAGAAUAAUUUUUACGCCGUGGAUAUUCAUCCGACACUGGAACUCGGCUAUUCAUCCAGCGUGAAGUUUUUUUUAUGAAAUGAACCGAUUCUAACCCUAUACCUUACCCUAAACCAAACCCUAUUACCCUAAACCAACACGUUUGAGAGUGAAAACAAGUCUAAAAACAUUUUUAAGGUAAAAAAAUAAAUAAAAUUUUAAAAACUUUGAUGGGAUUCGAUCCAAAGCUUUUGACCUCGUGGGCAGAUGCCGCAAUCACUAAAAAUAGCUUGUUUAUAUCUUACUAUGUAAAUAGCAUAUCAAAUGUCGGAUGAAUAUCCACUUUCUAUUUUUAAUGAGAUAAGAUAUAUAAAUUCUUGACUAGUUGAGUUCGGUGAGACUAUGAAGCAAUUAUACUUUCCCGUGUAACUUGUGAAAUAUAGCUUCCAAGAUCUCUUCGAAUUAGUUUUAGAAUGAUUUAAAUACUACAUAAUGAGGCUUAUGGCAGUCAUAUUUGAUGGCCCUCAUUAGACAUUAGCUAUUCACUAGCAAAUUUAGAAAGAAAGAGAGACUUCAAUAUAUUUCCUUUCCCACCAGUAAAAGUUCUUUAAACAUGUACUCAACACUAGAGUAGAAUUAUGUGGGGCCAUCUAAUAUGGUUGCCAUUUGCUUCAUUAAGUGCUAUCCAGUCCUUAUUUCAAAUCAGCACUGGGCAAAACUUUCUGGCUGACAUUAGUUUGUUUGACAUUAGUUCAGUUUUGUUUAAAAUAUUAAAAAAAAAAAAUUUUCAUACAUGAAAGUAUGAUGCACUAAGUUACAAGUCAUGGUAAUGUUUCUAUUAAAAAGAUAUUUUAGGUGCUAAAAUUGUCUAAUCAGUAAAAUUGUCUAUUUAUUUAGCAUUUCGAUCGUGCUAGGAAAAAAGCUACGACAUAGUCUUUCAGUCCUACAUUUAAAAUUUAUGUAUUUAUUAGCGUUCCUAGUUUGAUAGUCGUGCACAGAAUUCCUUUCCUUGGGGAAGUGUUGGGAUAAUGGGCCACCUUUUGAAAUCUUUUUCAAAGUUUUUUCACAAAGUUCGCUCCAUCGUUCGUCCAAUCUUGGGCAGCCUAGGGUUUGUAAGGCUUCCCUAUAAGAAAGUCCUGGUAGAAUAAUCCUUAAGGCUCGUUUCUGUACUCGCUCCAACUUAUCCGAGAGAUACAAGGGUAGUGCAUGAUGCCACACUGGGCGGCAAUAUUCCAGAAUAGAUCAGAUCAGUGCGAUGUAGAUAUCAUAUAGGUCUUCAGAUGAAAGACCCCCUCGGCGUAGUACUCGGACAAUAUGAAGACAUUUGGAAGCCUUGGAGAUUACAGUGGUAAUGUGUUCAUUCCAUUUAAAUUAUUUUGGAAUAUUAGCCCCAAUACUUUAUAAGAGGAAACAAGUUCUAGAGCUUGACCAUCAACUUGUAGUUCCGUUAACUGGGGUGUUUCUCUCAGGAAGCUUAUCCGCAUUUCUUUGCACUUUUUUGCGUUGAGCUUCAUCCAGUUGUUUGAACUCCAUGUUUCUAUAUUGACAAGGCUGGUCUGAAAGGUGGAGUUGGAGUUCCUUGUGAGGCCCUCUGAUGGCGAAACAUCAUCAACAAAUUUCCAUAUAUUCGAUUCUUGUGACGUAGUGUUUAAGUUGUUUAUCAUCACUAGGAACAAAAUGGGACCAAGCUGUGACCCCUGUGGGACUCUAGCAGAUAUUGGUAGCCAAUCUGAGGUAAUUUCUCCAAGCUUGACACGUUGCCGCCGGUUUGUCAAAAAAUUUAAUAUCCACGGUUUCAAGGAUCUACGAACCACCAUAUCUAUUAGCUUUUCAACCAACACAUUAUACCCUAUGCGAUCAAAGGCUUUUGAAUAGUCAAGAAAACAAAGGCGGAGGUGGUUUUCUGGAGUGUCUAAAUGUAGCAGCCAUUUGUGCACCAUAUCUAAAAGGCAUUAUGUUGUGGAAGUCCCUUUCAAACAGCCGAAUUGGUUUGUAUCAAUUUUAUCUCUAACAUCAUAUAUCAACCAAGUAACGACAAAGUCUUCCAGGAUUUUAGACAUACAAGAUGUUAAUGAAAUGGGUCUGGUGUCCGACUCGUUGGUAGGUGGUAGUACUUUUGGGAUCGGUGUAACAUUUGAUUCUUUCCAAAUUGCCUGUACAAUACCAGAUUUAAGAGAUUCGUUGAAGAUGGUGGUUACUGGUGCCGCUAACUCAUGAGCAAAUUUCUUGACAAGGUAGCAUGGAAUACCAUCUGGGCCGUGAGUUUUGAAGGGACUAAUUGAAAGCAUUUUUUUACAGACUUCAUAAGGUUGAAUUGUCGGAAUACAUUAAUUGGCAGGAAGGAAUGCUGGCAGUUUGUUUACUUCAAGUGGUGGAAUAUCGGCAUUAACGGACACAUAGAACUCGUUUAAGGAUUUAACAAGUUCAUGCUCGUUCAUUUUGUUGACAAUGUUCCACCACUUAUGGCAGUCGUCUUUACGUAGGAAUUUAACCUUAUUUUUAUAGAAAGAUUUUUUCCUUUCUGCGAUCUCUUGUUGGACUUUGCACUUCAUUGAGUGCCAUAUGGGUAUGUUACCACUAUGAAAAGCUUUUUGUCGGUCUUUAAUCAUCAAUUUGAUUUCUGGGGUUAUCCAUGGUCUGGUGAGAUUUCAAAGUUUUCACUGGGAAGAUCCGGUCCACAGCCCCAAAAUAUGGGCCCCCUUGGACCCAUGACAAUAUAUUUGUAGUAAACAGUCUUCAAAUAUCUUUUUUAUCUUUUCAGGUUGCAAAUGCAUUUGGGAUUGGCAAAACAACUUUGUCAAAAAUCCUACGGUCUGUUUGUUUGGCUAUAGUAGAGCUACUUGGGAAAGAAUUAAUUAAAAUCCCUACUGAUGAGAAUGACAUAACCAGCCUAGCCAGUCAGUUUUAUACACGACAUGGAUUCCCUCAAUGUAUUGGGGCUAUAGAUGGGACUCACAUCUGUAUCAAACAACCGAAAGGAAAAUCGUCCGAGUACAUUAAUCAAAAGGGCUGUUACAGUUUAAAUGUCCAAGGAACUUGUGAUCAUAAGUAUUGUUUUAUUGAUGUGGUUAUUAAAUGGCCAGGCAGUGUCCACGAUGCCACCAUGUUUGUUAAUUCCCCCAUAUGCAAAAUGCUGAAGAAUGGAACCAUACCACCUUGUCCUAAAGUCAUUAUCGAAGGUGAACCAAGCGUUCCCAUUUGUUUGCUAGGUGAUCCCGCCUAUCCACUUAACACAUUCCUUAUAGAGGAGUAUGAACUUGGAGGAACAACUGAAGCUGAACAAUUUUUCGGGUUUAGACUUUCGUCUGCAUGA